CAUACACGCGCCGUGGCACCCGUCGACGAGAUUCGGCGGUGGUGGCGGCGGACGACGACUGCACCUCCGCGCGUUUCGCGAGAUAAGGAGACAGGAGAAAACGAGACGGGAAAAAGUAAGAGAGAGAGAGAGAGAAAGAGAGAGAGAGAGAGAGAGAAAGGGAGGAAAGCCGUCAAACUUUAUCACGAGAGCAGCAUGACGCGCGACGGGGCUGCGGGCAGCGUGCGACAACGACGGUUGAGAGGAACGACGACGACGGGGACGACGGCGACGACGACGAGAACGGGUACACACGCGCGGCACCACCGACACCGACACUCGAUGACGUCAUACCACCGGCGGCAACAUGGAGCCGAUGUACGCGCGAAAGACGCGCGGCACAAACACCACGGCGCAAAACUACGCACGACGACGACGACUACGACGACGACGACGGCAACCUAACGCGACCGCUCACUCCACUGUAGCCGGAGAGCCGUGUCCGCCGUGCGUCGCUUAACCUCAAAAAUGUUUGCGGCCGAGGUGCCGCGGGCGAGAGAGAGAGAGAGAGAAAGAGAGAGCGAGUGGAGCACAGUGUCAAAGCCGCGGCAGCGGACGCGCCCCGUGCGCAGCGGCGACGAGACACGGACCCGAACUGAAACGAAGUCCCGGCCGAGCCGCGCCGAGUCGGCCCGAACGCUCCGAUACCCCCGUCGCUCGUCGCGUACGUUCGGCCGCUCUCGCCGCGGAGACUCGAGUCAUUCCGGUGGCGCGUACGAGGCGGUGCGGACGUGAGCGGGUGAAGCGGAUCGAUCGUGCGGUGUUACCAUAACCUUUUCGUGGACGCGCACGAAUUAUCGACCGAAAGUCUCGUUUUGAUUGCUUCGAUCCGUGAACCGGUAAUCUCUCGAUCGCGGCGCGGCACACGCGUUCGAACUGGAGAUAUAAGUUUGCGCGAUUUUUCGUUCGACCGUGCCUAACUUCGUACACUUCAAGUGAGUUGAUUCGCGAAAGUGUCCCGCGUUUGCGGCGAUCGUUUCGUAUGUUCGGCCUCUCGUCGACGAUUAGGAAAGAUAAACGCCGCUCGCACGAAGUAGGUACGGGAAAUGAUAAGCGGUAAUUAGAUUCCGAGCGAAUGACGAGAGCCUGAAAUCGCUCGAGAUGACGCAGUCGCCCUAUGUCUCUCGAAUAAAUCAGAUCGACGCCGCUCAGUUGGACACGGAGAUCUACAAGGUGCUGAGGAGCCAAGCCAAAGAGAUCGCCAGCUACACCGCGCCCGGCAAGAUCGACAAAUGGCAGGCGGAGGUGGACGCCGUCCUGAAAUUCUUCAUCUGGAAGUACUCGCUGCAACGUGGCUCCUCCACGUUCGGCCAGCGGCUUCUCAAUCUACAUUACGCCAACCUCGAUCAUAGAAAAGCCGUGCUCUACCUGAUUCUAAACGUUCUACCUCAGUACCUGAGCGACAAACUGGCAAACGAGAACCUGUCGGAACGCGGUGCGAUCGCGCAGAUGCUUAAGUCGCUGGUCGACUGGACGACGAACGCGGUCAGUCUCCUGGAACUUGUCAAUCUGCUCGUCUUUCUCCAUCGGGGCAUACAGCCGCGCGUGAUCGAGCUUCUUCUCGGUCUGUCCAGCCAGUCGAUAACGACGCACCGGCCCAGGAUCAUCGGCUACUCUUAUAUGACGAGAGAAUUGCUCUGGCACGGUCUGAUGGAACUCUUCACGAUCGGCAUACCCAUGAUAAACCUCCACUAUCUAAAACACAUGGUGAUGAGGCUGUGGCGCCGCGCAGAACCAUCCUGCGGCUUGUUCCCAGUGAUGAACGCCGCUACCAGAUGCGCCUACUGCAACGAGGACCUGAUCCUGCCGUCGCACGCCGGCUGCGAGCAUCUCUUCUGUUACUACUGCCUGCAGGCGCACUUCACCGCGAUGAGCGUGUUCCAGUGUCCGAUUUGCGACGCGGAGCUCCGCGCCAAAAAUAUGAAGAGGUACACUGUCACGAACGUACACAUUUGGACCGACGACGAAGACUCGGACGAUAGCUUUGAGAAAGUGGACGAUGGAUAACGCGAACGUACGUAUAUAUUUCUAACUUUAUCGGGGUUGACGCAAAGUGAUGUGACUGUGAUGAAUAUAUUACGUGCGUGAACUUAUCGGCUUUAUAAAAGUACUGCGUUUAUAUGUGAAAAUAAUUUUAUUGCAGUGCGAUGUGUUAAUUCCAGAAAGAGAAAUUCGUUGCAAACUAAUUAAAAGCAAAAAUCAAAUUCGUCGCAAGACACGGCGAAUAGAAUGAGUACAAAAAUAAUUUUAUUAUUACAUCGGAAUGAAUUAAAUCUCUUAGAAACAAAUAAUUUCUUGUUAUAUCAGAGUUAUCUGAGAAACGAGAUGAAAUACAAAUGAAGAAACAUUCGCCGCAAUGACCAAAGUAAUUAAAAAUAGAAAAUAAGUAGUGAUUUGUCGCAUUUUAUUAUAUGGGAAUUAAUUAUUUCCUAGAAAUAAAUUAUUUUAUUAUUA